GAGGAGCGGCUCCGCGGCCCCAGCCCUGCCCCAGCUGCCGCCGCCGUCACCCAGAGAUGCCGCCCGCCGCCCCGCGGCCGCUGCUGCUGCUGCCGCCGCUACUGCUGGUGGUGGCGGCGGCAGCGCGCCCCGCGGCCCCGCCGCACAGGCCUACAUUUGCAUGUGGAGGAGUUGUAUCUGGAGAGUCAGGGUUUAUUGGGAGUGAAGGAUUUCCUGGAGUCUACCCUCCAAACAGCAAAUGUACUUGGAAAAUCACAGUCCCAGAAGGAAAAGUGGUGGUUCUUUCUUUUAGAUAUUUAGACCUGGAAAGUGACAACUUGUGCCGAUACGAUUUUGUGGAUAUAUACAAUGGCCAUGCCAACGGACAACGCAUAGGCAGGUUCUGUGGUACUGUGAAACCAGGUGCUCUUGUAUCCAACAGCAAUAAAAUGUUGGUGCAGAUGACUUCAGAUGCUAAUACUGCUGGAAGUGGAUUCAUUGCAAAGUUUUCGGCAGCAGAACCACAUGAAAGAGGGGAUCAGUACUGUGGGGGACGACUGGAGAAGCCAUCGGGGUCCUUCCAAACGCCCAACUGGCCAGAGCGAGACUACCCAGCAGGAGUCACCUGCUCCUGGCACAUUGUUGCCCCGAAGAACCAGCUAAUAGAGUUAAAGUUCGAGAAGUUUGAUGUGGAGAGAGACAACUACUGCAGAUACGACUAUGUCGCGGUGUUUAAUGGUGGGGAAAUAAAUGAUGCUAAAAGAAUUGGGAAGUACUGCGGAGACAGUCCACCAGCGCCUAUUCUGUCUGAGAGGAAUGAAUUGCUCAUUCAGUUUCUGUCUGAUUUAAGCUUGACAGCUGAUGGUUUUAUUGGCCAUUAUAAAUUCAGACCAAAAAAAUUACCCACAACUACAGUUCCACCUACUACCACAACAGUGCCUGCUACCUCAAUUGUGAAACCUACAGUUGCCCUGUGCCAGCAAAAAUGCAAGAGGAGCGGGACUCUUGAAAGCAAUUAUUGUUCAAGCAACUUUGUGAUAACUGGAACUGUAAUCACAACAAUAACACGGGCUGGCAGUCUGCAUGCCACAAUAUCCAUCAUUAAUGUAUAUAAGGAGGGAAAUUUAGCAAUUCAGCAAGCCGGCAAGAGUAUGAGUGCCAAGAUUAUUGUUGUAUGUAAGCAGUGUCCUCUCAUCAGAAGAGGUUUAAACUACAUCAUCAUGGGCCAGGUAGAAGAAGAUGGUAGAGGCAAAGUCUUUCCCAACAGCUUUGUUAUGAGUUUUAAGACUAAGAACUCAAAGAUCCUAAAUGCCUUGAAAAACAAAACAUGUUAAAACUAAACUCUGCAGCUGCAUUCUAUCAUCUCUCUUGAAAAACAAUUUUCAUUUAGUGUAAGUCAUGAAGAUACAACCGAUUGUCAAUACUAAGACCAUGCUUGCUCUUUCUUCCCUCCCAUCCACCUGAGCACACUCUGGCACAAAGCAGUAACCAUACAUGUACAAGAUAAGAACAGAGCCUCCUGAGUCUUAAAAGCUGAAGAUUUGCAGCACAGCCAUCUGAUCUGAAACAUACCAAAUUCCAAUUACUUGGAAGUUGUUAAUUUAUAAUUGUCCAGUUUUUGAAGGAGUUGUGUAUGUAAAAUAAGAUUUCUAAGUGCAAUAUUUAU